ACCCUAUGUGCGAUUCGUAUAGUUCGCACGUGGAACAAACAUGAUCCAGACAGGCCCAGGAUGAGCACACCGAUAUGCCUUGACCUAGCCCCGCUAUUCAGAUUUCGUCAUGGGUCAGUUUAAUUUAUAUCCCAGUAAACAUAUAUUUUGAAUACGCAUUCUCACUAUCAUGCUUCCUCAGCCUCUUCCUCCUCUGAACUUCCACAAUGUCUAACGUCCCAAAGACACAAACAGUCGCAAUAAUCGCCUCGUCUGGUGCAGCUCUCGAGAUCAACAAGGACCACCCCGUGAAACAACCUUCUGAGCUCGAGCCAGGCGAAUGUCUCGUCAGACUCUCGUGCACCGGUGUAUGUCACACGGACCUCCAUGCUCGAAAGAACGACUGGCCUAUCCCUGCCAAAACACCUCUCAUUGGCGGUCAUGAAGGCGUCGGUGAAGUGGUCGCUAUUGGCGCCAACACCUCGCACUGUCCGGUAAAGGUAGGACAGCGUGUAGGCAUCAAGUGGCUAGCAUACUCUUGCCUCGACUGCGAGCAAUGUCGCAGUGGUCUUGAGCAAAAUUGUCCAAGUGCCAAGCUGAGCGGAUUCAAUGUCGAUGGAACAUUCUCACAAUACGCUGUUUCAUAUGUCCAUCACGUGACCCCUAUCCCUGAAGGCAUAGACAACAAUGCAGCUGCAUCUGUCCUCUGCGCCGGCGUAACAGUAUACCGCGCUCUCAAGUAUAGCGGAGCACAUAUUGGCAACUGGGUUGUUCUGCCGGGUGCUGGUGGAGGACUUGGUCAUCUAGCUAUCCAAUAUGCAGUAGCCAUGGGUCUACGUGUAGUAGCCGUCGACACUGGCUCCCAUAAAAAAGAACUUUGCCUCAAACUAGGCGCGAGCAAAUGGAUAGACUUCAAAGAGACUAAAGACCUCGUCAAUGCCAUACGGGAAGCAUGUGAUGGAAAAGGUCCUCAUUUAGCAGUAGUCACCGCCGCCACUGGCGCGGGAUACACCCAGGCUGUGGAUUAUCUUCGUCCUGGAGGCACGUUGAUGGCAGUAGGCUUACCGGGAGACGCAACGUUAGAUGCAUCUAUUUUCUUCACUGUGUUCAAGAGUAUAACUAUCAAAGGCUCUUACGUUGGCAACCGUCAGGAUGCCAUUGAAGCACUCGACAUCGCGGCAGCCGGAAAAGUGAAAGUGCAUUACGAUCUCAGAGGCCUCUCAGAUCUCAAAGAUGUUUAUGAAAGUAUGGAAGAGGGCAAAAUUGCGGGAAGGGUAGUGCUGGAUAUGUCCAAGUGAGAGGCAACCACGUGAUUGGCCUCUGCAAUGCAGUGACAACACUGUUUUUUUCCCAUCUAUUUUCUCUCUGAGAUUCGAUCAGCCAACUUGGAAUGUACAACACAACCUACGUGGAUUCUCUGUAUUCUCUCAAUUAUUGCUUAUGUCAACCUUGGAACUUGGCUUUCUCCCAUCAUUUGUAUCUAUGCCGCUUGGAACAAUCAAUUUGUUGUAAAAAUACA